AACUGAGCUACGUACGGGUUCUUCGAGCCAUAGCAACCUGACUGGCGUUGAAAACAAACCGUCGCCAUUACUCUUUAACCUGUCGACCUACGCUGAUUAAACCCGUCAUUCUGCCUCCAAAAUGCCGAAAAACUGUGUUGUUUUUGGUUGUACUAACCACAACAUGAAACAGGGAAAACAAAGGUCGUAUUUUGUUCUGCCAAAGCGUGAUAAAAGCCCACAGAGACGAGACAAAUGGCUCGCAGCUUUACACCGGGAAAACGAGGACGGUUCUCACUGGAGUCCCCCAAAGUCCCGGGUCGUGUGUUCGGAUCACUUCGUUUCUGGACGACCUGUAAAGAAUCCCAUGCACACUGAUUAUGCACCAUCCAUCUUACCUCAACUGCCACAGAGUGGAGAGAAGGCAUCCCAUAGGAUGGACAUUUACGAGCGACAUCAACUGACAACUUCAAAGCGUGAAUCGGCAGUAGUGAACCCCUUAACCACUGAUGCAGCAGACAGCUGUUGUGCGCCGGGAUGCAAGAACCAACGAGGAGAUGGGAAGGCGAGGGAAUUUUACCGUCUUCCCAAAGAUCCUGAAAGACGACAAAAGUGGGUUGCAAUCAUAAAUCGCGCCAGAAGCCAGUGGAAGAAAAGUGAGCCCUGGUGGGAACCCUCCGACAACGGAGUUCGUCUGUGUAGCGAACACUUCAUAUCAGGGAGAAAGAGUAACAACCAGAGGUCACCAGAUUUUGUGCCAGCAAUCUUUAAACAUGUGCCAUCCCCGCAGAAGAGGAGGAGGAGGAGGAGUGCAAGGCAAAGGCAGCUGGUUGUUUUCAACAGACGGCAGAAGAGCAAACACCAAGAAAUUAAUCAGGAAAGAAAAUCGCCCCCUGUAGCAUCAGCGGACGACUCUGUAACCGACACGGCCGACGAAGGCGGUCCCGUAGAAGUUGACAUUCCUAUAAGAGAAUCUCCAGAGACACCCCCCCACAACGAGCUUCCAUCCACUCCUGAUUAUCAGGAGAGCACAGCGACUCUGCCGUGUUAUAGCGAAGACUGUCAGAGACUCAUCCAAUCCCUGGAGUCAGAAUGUCAGGCUCUGAGGACUGAAAAUGAGUUGCUAAAAGACAAAAUGAACCGAGUUGAACUAAACGAGAUGACUCUGAAAAACGACGACGGAAAGGUGACCGCGCUCACCGGUCUGCCGACAUUUUCUGUCCUGAUGACGCUUUUUCACUUUGUGGCUCCUUUCCUUAACCCUGCGUCGUACCUGACGUCCUUUCAGCAGUUCAUGCUAACUUUGAUCAAGCUCAGACUUAACUUGUCUUUUGACUUUCUUGCCUAUUACUUUGCAGUGGAUUCGACCGCCGUUUCCCAGCUUUUCAACCGUUGUGUAAACGUCAUGGAUUGUCGGCUGGUGUCAAGCUUAGUCAAAUGGCCGGACAGGGAGUCUUUAAGAAAGUCUCUCCCGUGUGCAUUUCGGAACAGUCCCUUCGAAAAGACGGUGUGCAUUAUUGACGUUUUUGACAUAGUCUUAGAGAAACCAAGUAACUUGAUAAACAGUGCACUGUGUUACUCAGCAUACCAGUCAUGUUAUACCAUGAAAUACUUAUUAGCCAUUUGUCCACAAGGCUCAAUUUGCUUCCUUUCCAAUGGCCGGGGAGGUCGCAUAAGUGAUAAGUUAAUCAUAAAGCAAAGCAAGUUUUUAUGCAAUUUGCUUCCAGGUGACUUAGUCUUAGCCGACCGAGGUUUUAUCGUCGGUGAGAGUGAACAUUCCUAUCCAGCUGACAUUAGAAUCACAGCAUUAGCUCUUGGCAAAGGACAAUUGGAUCCCGUUGACUUGGGGGACACCGAGUGCCUGGCAACUCUCAGGAAACACAUUGAGAGCAUAAUUGGGGUUCUCCGUCAUAAAUACAGCAUUUUGCAAAGUACUGUCCCUAAAGGCUACACUCGCAUCGAUCAAGAAGGCAUGACUCUUCUCGACAAAAUUGUAAAUAUAUGUUGCGCGCUUACAAACGCCUCAGAAUCGGUGGUAUCUUUUCAGUAACUGCUUUAUUUAAGCAAAGGAACAUGUUGGUAUUAAGAAGGGUAGAUGAGUAGUUGCCACUGCACAUUCUCUCAAAAGUGGAUAUUUUGUUUUGUGUUUGUAAAUAAACAGAAAACUAAACAUAUCUGUUUCGCUUUUGACAAGAGAAACUAGUGUUUCACAGCCACCAACUAUAGCAGGGGUGUCAAACGUACAGCCCGAGGACCGGAUCAGGCCCGCGAACAGGUUUUAUCCGGCCCGUGGGAUGAGUUUGCUAAGUAUAAAAAUUAACCUGAAAUUUCUGAAUGAAAGAAACCGUUGUUCUAAAUGUGUCCACUGGAUGUCGCAAUAGCAAUUCUUUGUAUCUUUGUAGAUGAUGCUACAUAUGUACAAAAUAAACCACAUGUUAGUGCACCAGUCGAGGAAAUUGAGCAAACUACAUAAAUAGCAUCCUGUAAUUUAAUUUUGAUAUCAUUUUUUUAAUCUUGAUAGAUUGAAAAUUAACACCAAUGACUUGACUGAUGAACAUUAUCACAUAACGUAUUCAGAAAAUAUGACAAAGAGAAUACUAUUGACAUGUAAGUGUACUAAAAACCCAACAACAUUAUGAUUUGUACAUUUUCAGAAUCUACUUGUUCUAUUUUUAAACAAAGAAACCAAUCUGAAGUUGUCUUUAUUUUUAAGUUAUUGUGCCACGAUUUUACCAGUCCGGCCCAUUUGGGAGUAGAUUUUUUUCCAUGUGGACCCCGAUCUAAAAUGAGUUUGACACCCCUGAACUAUAGGUUUGAUACAAGGUUAUUCACCUUAGGGAUGUUCCGAUCUGGGUUUUAUGCUGCCGAUUCCAAUCGUCCAUGAGUGAGCUCGGCCGAUACCAAUCACAUGUAUCAGCUGUAAAUCUUUAAAAUGUAAGUGCUAUUGACAACAAUAUCAGCAUAAUAUUCAAACCACUUCCUUAUUCUCUUCCUCUGUGUGUAACAUGUUCAGCCUCAUCCUCCAGGGAUAAUGAUACUUUUGAUGCAAAUAAAUGCAGUUUAUUUGCCAUCUUAAAUAGUGGCCCUCACACUUGACCCCAGAAAACAUGCAUUGCACUACAAAACAUGCUCAUGUAGCCUUCAUUUUAUUAAAAAAAAAAAAAAAAAAUCAGCCCAUAUUGUUUUAUUCAUUUUUGUUUGGUAAGUUAAAGUGUUUUAUAUAUUGUGCUCCUGAGUUAAUGUUGCUGAUGUAUUUGCUAAAUUUAAUUUUCCAGUAUUAAAUGGUUCAAGUUGGUCAAAAAUGUUUUAUAAUUUAAAUAAGGAUUCCUUUUUUUUUAUUUCAGGCAAAUUUUCUGUUACAAACUAAAAAACAAUGCUAAUGAAGUUGUAAGUUUAUCUUUCCUUUUUCUUUUUUUUAACGCUACGAAUACAAUGUUAUGCAGAGGUGUACUUAUACCAAUUUUAUAGACAAAUUAUACUAUUUAUGGUCACGGUGGGGAGAGGAGGGGGUGCAAAAUGUUUUCUUCUUUCUCGGGGGGAGGGGCCUAACAAACUAAUUCAGAAGAACUGGUUUAGAGGAACGGCUCCACACUGUGUAUGGAGACACAAUUAGCUGGAGUACUACAAUUAAAUAGUGGUAUUCCAUUUGUGAUUGGCAAUAAAAUGCAUUAAUUGGCAAUGGCUAUCACAUUUCACAAAAAUUGUGCGAUACAUCCUUAAUUUACAUCACUAUUGACAAGGGUUGUACGAUGUACAGGUACUACUAAAGUACCGCGGUACUAUUAAAAAGGUACUAUACUGCCUUUGAAAAACACCGGUACUUUUUUUCAUGCGCUUGAUGUCAGCAUCAACACACGAACAGACCACUUGCAAGCAGAAACAAUGUGGAGAAAGAAGAGAGGAAAAUGCACGUAUUUUGGCUUAAAACUAACGAUAAAGGUGAAGCUAAGGACACUGAAGCGACGCUCUUUAAGUGGUCCUAGCUAGUAUCUAACGUUCGUCCACAAAGUGUUUUAGCUACUUCUAAAUAACUAAUCCUCGCCACCAUGGUGACAAAUAAACUACGUUUAUUCCCCGCAGGACGAGGAAUGGCUCAACAUGCUUCUUCACUAAGCACCGUAAAAGGAUACCAUAGCUCUUCGCUAACAGCAUGCUAGCACUCCUGAAUGUAAAAAUGGGUGGAUCGCCACAAAUAUAGCUUGUAACGAUACCAAGUACAAGAGCCUUAUAUAGUCGAUAUGAUUACAUGGAUAUAUUUUAUUAUCACAAAAUCUUUUGUUGAUAAACUCAGGAAAUUUUAAAUAUGACCAAUGUAUGACCCUGUAACUACUUGGUAUCGGAGCGAUACCCAAAUUUCUAGUAUCACCCAAAAUCUAUGUAAAGUAUCAAGGAACAGAAGAAUAGGUGCGUAUUGCAUUUUAACAGAAGUGUAGAUGGAACAUGUUGAAACAGAAAGUAAGGAGAUAUUAACAGUAAAUGAACAAACAGAUUAAUAAUCAAUUUUCUACCACUUGUCCCUCAUAAUUUAGACAAGUUAAUAAAAUGAGAAACAAUAUAUUACUGCAUACGUCAGCAGCCAAUUCAAGUUAAAGUACCACUGACAGUCACACACACUAGGUGUGGUGAAAUUACCCUCUGCAUUUGACCCAUCCCCUGCGGGGUGAGGGGAGCAGUGAGCAGCAGUGGUGGCCACACUCUGGAAUAAUUUUUUAGGAGGCUUUGUUACCGGUUUGCUUGCUUACUAGGAUGUUUACUAUGUUGUUUAAUGCAAAAACUGUUAUUUGAUUGCAAUAAGAAACAUAUGUUUAAUGUAGCAUAAGAUUUUCCGUUAUAAUAAAGGCAAUAAUGAUUUUUUUGUGGUCACCUUUAAUUUUGAAAAGUACCGAAAUAUAUUUUGGUAUCAAAACAACCCUAUCACUGACUUAUGUUGAUGUUCCUU